GGGGGCAGGGACAUUUGGGAUCGGCUGCUGGCUGGCCUGUUAGGGCGAGAAAACAGUUUAUUGCUAGACAGAUUUUGGUGAAGUACAUAUCUGAAUUGUGAUUGUGUGUGCAUGAGCUGAUUAGGGAAACUCGCAACAUGAGCCGAGUUUAGUGCUUCGUUAUCAAGCAGUCGAUCGUUCUCCUCCUCAAGGUGUUUUUAAAGUCAGUAAAAAGAGGCACUAACAAGGUAGAAAUUUUGAUGUUCUUGCCUUCGCGUCUGGCCAUCAGCCGAGAGCAAGUGUCGAUUUGACACUUACUUCGCAUAGGCUUUUGGAUACACAGUGGCUUGGCUUUUUGCAAACUUCACAUAGUGCUUUAAAAAUGAAGAAAAAUUUUUUCCGCGUAAAGCAGCUGGUGGAUCAAACUGUUUCCAGAGCUGAACAGUCAGAGGUCUUGACCGAAGAUGUCCAAUCAGCUGAAAAACAUGUAGAAGUGCUCAAACAAACAUGUGGAACAAUGUCAAGAAAAAUCAACAGUGUACUUUCUAAAAAUGAAGGGACACAGGUGGAUAAAAGAUUGAAGAAGAUCCCUGAAUCUGCUAUUGGACACACUAUGAUUGAGUGUGGGGGGCUUUUAGGAGAAAAAUCCAUCCUCAGAGACUUGCUGACAGAUUGUGGCCAAAUGGGGAACAAGAUAGGAACAGAGAUGCUUCUCCAUGAAGUUGAUGUUGAGAAAAAUGUUGUCGAGCCUCUGAGUCAGGUUGAAAAUGAAGCCGCCAACAUCGCCAAGGCGAGACGUAACCUAAAUAAACUCAUCCUGGAUAUGGAUUCUGCAAGAACGAGGUACCGAAACGCACAAAAGCAAGCCAUCAGUGGAGGAAGUGUUGCCAAGGUGGAUGGAAUUAAAGAGGAACUGGAAGAGGCACAAUUAAAAGUAGAAAUGAAUCGUGACGGACUGGCAGCAGAUAUUUACUCUCUUUUGGCCCAGGAAUCUGACUUCGCUAAGGUGAUUCUGCACUUCGCCGAAUCUCAACGUCAAUACCAUCUUGCUGCUUUGAAAGUAUUGGAUGAACACAUUCCAUUGUUGGAGAGUAAGUGGAAGGCGCACAUUCAGAAACGAGUGUUUGGAUUUGAUUUGGAGGAACAUCUACGCGUUUCUGGCCGAACGAUUGCACAUCCCAUCGAGAUUUGUGUUAUCACAUUAUAUGAAACCGGAGUUGAUGAAGAGGGAAUAUUUCGCAUAGCAGGAGGGGCAUCCAAAGUCAGAAAAUUUAGAGCUGCCCUCGAUGCUAAUUUAGCAGAUCUUGGAUUUGCGUUGGAACUUCACGAUGUCCACAUUGUUGCGGGGAUUUUAAAAUCCUACUUGCGCGAACUACCCGAUCCAUUAUUUACCCUUGCAUUGUAUGAUGACUGGGUCAAUGCCGUCAAGAGCCCCGAUCAAGAAACGCGUCUCAACGCUCUAGGCGAGGUAAUUGAUAAAUUGCCGGAAAGUCGUUGGAACAACAUUCGUUAUUUGAUUAAGUUCUUUCAUGAACUUAGUCGUCGCCACGAGCAUAAUAAAAUGACGUCGCAGAAUUUAGCUAUUGUUUUGGCCCCCAGUCUACUCUGGUCACCGAACAAUAGCAAUGAUACCCUAAGCUUGAACAUGUCAUUGGCCAAUACGCACGCGGCGGUGAUUGAACAUCUUAUCAUGUUCGCCGAUCGUUUCUUUCCUGGAGAGAUUGAUUUUUACGUGACCUAUUCGAAAACCCUGUACUCGGGAUUGCUUCAGCCGCCUUCACCCUCGAAUGGAGGUUUCGUCGAGCGAGAUGAGCACGAUUCGAAGGAAGUGAAAAGAACUCAUCAGCGUACGGGAAGCACUGAAGGAUUGGUUGAACUGCGGCAUCCUACGCCCAGCAACUACGCAUAUGACAAUUUGGCGAAAGCUGAAAGUCCGAGACCCAUUUCCCGGAGGAAGAAAAUACCUGCACCAGAGCCGCCUAAUCAGGCUAACUCACCCCACACGAAAACCUUACCGCAUGCGAAGACACCAGAGAAAGAAGAAAAAAAAAGUAUAUGUGACAGUACUCCUGUUCUGCCCGAACGUUCUGUGGCUUCAGAUAAGCCCAUGCUUCCGCCUACAGGGCCUGAUACGAAACGUCUUUCCGCAUUGCCAGUAUCUGAGAAGAAACCCGUUCUUGCACCACGACCAUCGUUGAAUCCGAUGGUUGAGCGCGUUAGUUUCUCUAGUCAAUCCCAGUCCAAUGUACUUGCACCGAUCGGAUUCGAAGCAAUCGAAAACGACUUGAAACGUCAGGGUUCCGUAAGACAAAUACCUGCUUAUGCUGGACCUGCCAAAAGCGAUGAAGAGACCGUUGAACUGCGGAAGCCUUAUGUCCCUUCGCAUAAAAGAAUUUCUUCUUUCGACAAUGUCAUCAACAUAAACCCGACACCUCAUCCGAAUGCUGUUUCCAUGUUCGGAGGAUUCCAACCACCUACGCCGUUAGAUCGGACCAAAUUUGAUGCAGAGAAACCCAAGCCUAGCGUACCAGAAAGGCCUUCGAUUAUUAAAUUACAAGGCUCAGCUGGGAGUACUUCAGCUUCAGCCAAUUUAUCCCCGGAAGCUUGUAACCCGAACGAAAUUAGAAGUCAUGGGCCUGCAGUAUUGGAGCGUGUUCAUUCGUUUUCUGUUAACAAACAGCAAGUUUCAAUUGUAGAAGUUACUAAUAGCAACCCGGGUUUGACGCUCAAUUCUUCCGAUCAUCCGGAUAUACAGUAUGCGGACUCGGACGAUGUAGCCCCUUCUGUGCCCCAUGGUGAAGUGAUUAAACCAGAACGUCCCCCUAAACCGGAAAGGUUAUCGCAUCCGUCCGGAAACGGAAACGUGGAAAGUAACAAUAAUAAUAAUACAUCGUCAUCCAAAUCUGAAGCAUUAACUGGAGACGAGGAAGUUGUCGCUCAACCAGUCAACGUUGGAGGAACUCUUCCCCGUCCGGCUCCACGCCCGCAGCCACCUGUCCCCCCUGUCAAGCCCCGGAGCAACGUUUCUGCAACAUCUAUAGGUGCGGCGGGAGAUAGUACCGAUCUUUGAGAAUGAACUCAAAACUCCAUUAUCCACAUAAAGUAUAAUCUGCCUUUUGAAUUUAAAGGCCGAGCUUUUUUCCGAUUUUCAAAAUGUACGUUUUUUUUUGUUGUGAUUACAGGCGGUAUUUAU